AUGCGUAAGAAUCUCCAAAGCACUCUUUAUAGCCUUAGAGUGCCCCGAAUCCUCAAACCUUUUUCACUCCUAGUUCACCAAUCGGAAGAUGCGAUUGAAAAAUUCUUCAAUGGCGGAAGAUGCGAAGGAAGGCACUCAACGGUUCUUCGUUCCUCUCCCGUCGUCGGCAGCAAAGAAGAUCAAGGGGAAGAUCCCCCUGUGCUCAUCUUCGUCGGAUUAAGGAGGAGAAGCACGAUUGGAAUCAGAAAUCGGGAAGCACUUCCAUUGAUUCACCGAUUCGAAGGAGGAGGAUGA